CCUCACUUGAAAAAAAUCUAGAGGAAUCAACAUGGGUUCAUCAAUCUACUAUCUAUACUACUGAAGACUAAAAUUUCGGCAACUGAUCUGCAUAUAUAGUAUUGAAAUUGAUGGGCGGGCAAAUCUAGUUAAGCGUAACAACAACUGUAAUGAGGAUAACUGUUUGCUUAUCCGGAGAUUCAUUUUUUCCGCUGGAGGUUUCAAAUAGCACGCUAAUAUCGGAACUCAAAAUGCUUAUUGAGGUUGAAAGUGGCAUAUCUGGAGUUGAUUUUGAACUAUCAAGAGAAGGACAGGUUUUAUGCGUUCAGUCAACUACCAAUAUCGAAAAGGCAGGAAUCAAAGAUGAGGAUCUUCUUUUUGCCGUUCCUAUCCCAAGAUGCAACACAAAUGAAUCGAAGAGUGAUGGUUCAUCACGUACAGUUCCUUUGUUAGAUUUUAAGUCAAUCAAGGUUCCAGGUUCAUCGGGUUCUGGGAUACCUGAAGCUAUUCGCAAGCAUUUUCUAACUGGUGCUGCCCGUCAGCUGUCUAUAUUGGGUGAACGAAAUCCAGAGUUGGCUGCCGUCAUUAAUGACCCAGUUGCCUUUAGAAGGGUUUUCGAAUCACAACAGAGUACUGCUCGCCAGCAUCGGGAGGAGCUUGAAAACUUGUUGUCUGCAGAUGCUCUAAAUCCAGCAGUUCAAGAAAGAAUAGCUGAGCUUAUAAAGUCAGUGGGGAUUGUUUCUCUUUUUUGAAACCUAUUGCUUCUGUUUAUGUCUACGGCUUUGUUACUGUUUUACGAACUAUCUGGUAUGAUAAUAGGGCUUGUAUUAUUACGUUAAAUAACACGGUACAUAGUGUUAAAACCCACCGACUACCAAUUAGUACAUUUAAACAUAUUUUACAAAUUGCUCAAUCUUUCUCGGACUAUUUAUACUAUCAAACUUCAUUCUAUAAUCUUAAUGGGACGACGAGCUUGUGAUGAUCCUUAUUAUAACUGUUGCAAAAUCUCAAAAGCUAUCUGGUUUAUUUUCGUUCCAGAGUUCAUUUAUUUCACCUUCAGAGUAGAAGCUUUAUAUAUAGUAAUAUCAUUAGUAGCUUUAAUUAAAGUUUCUAAAUUUGAAAACGUCAAAGUAUUUUCUAGAAAUAUUGACCUAAACUAGUAAGUAUUUCUAAUACUUUUUUAAGUUUCCAAAAAACCUAUGCCUAAUGACUGAUUCAUAUCUGUGUUUACCGUAGUCAUGAAUGGUUGAGUUUUCAAGUGCGUUAGUCAUCAGGUUUAUCUGAGCGAUAGCAAUGGCUCCCCGACCGUUUCUGCUACGUUGACGGACUUGGCUAUUGUGAUGAACCUACCAGGUUAUGCUGUGGUGUAUGCUACUUAUGUCGACAUAAGUAGUAUGUAACACCAAUCAGAAGCGGAAUGCCUGGUAGCAGAAGGUUGAGAAUAUCGAAUCGAAGGGAACGAGAACAGACAGUAAUUGUUAUGGCAAUAAAGGAACGAUGAAGUUUGAGAUACUUAAUGGAGGGUUGGAAAAUGAAGUAUUGAACGCAUAGUUUUCUCAUUUUACCAAGAUACUUUGUAAGUUCGUGUCAACAUAUAUUCGGUUGUCCCCAUCUGCGUUCUUGGUCAUUACAAUACUGACUGAAACAAUCGUUCUUCAAGGUUCUGCCAUGACAGGCAGGUCGGUUAAAGAGCGGUAAGAAUAAAGGCAGCAAACCCAAGGUCUGAGGGCGAAGUUGUAUCGCUGACUGUACAGAGGUGUGACGGAAGUGAGGUGUUUCUCUCAGACAGCCAGUAUGACAGCGAUGCUGCCUCUCGCAAAGGUCGGCCCUAAAAAUUCACACUUUGCCUCAUUAUUAUAAAUAUCAUAAUGAUUACUAUAAUUAUUAUAAUUGUCGGGUGCCUAGUAAAGGCUUGUGAACUGCGAAUACAAGAAAACCAGACUGACUUCAGACUUGACCGUGUCUAUAUCGACCACAUAUUCACCAUUUGUCGGAUUUUAAAGCAACGACAUGAUUAUCGGCGUCCGACAGUGAUGGUCUUUCUUGACUUCAAAGCAGCACUUGACUCGGUACACGGCGAGAUUCUGUGGCAGUGUCUUUCAUUGAAAGGCUUACUUCAGAAGUACAUAAACCUUGUGAAGGCUCUUUUUUCUCGAACACUACUAGUCGAGUCAAAGCUUAUGGCGAACUGUCAUCUGAUUUCGCAGCCUCAGGUGGCGUUCGACAAGGUUUUCCAUUAUCUCCACUUCUGUUUAACUUCAUCAUAGGCAUACUACUGGAAAUAACGCCGUUGUCGACCGAAUAUUCGGGAAUCGGUCUCCUUCCAGGAGGUCCGCAUAUUGACUUAGAAUACGCAAAUGACAUAGUCCUAUUUGAUGAGGGCGCUGAUAAAAUAGUCUUUUGGUAGCACUGAGCAACAAUGCCAGGAUGUUUGGGAUGCGUUCCUGCAACUCUAAAUGCAAGUUGUUGUUUCAGGACUGGCCUGCGUCAACAACUGAACUAAGGAUGAGGAGUGAAAUAGUCGGACGCGUCGACAACUUCACUUAUCUUGGAAUUCUGAUCAGCCCUAAUAGGUUGGUGUCUGUUUUACUUUACGGCUGCGAAACAUGGCCAUUAAGAGUAGGAGAUAUUCGUAAGCUACUAGUAUUUGACCACAGAUAGAUGCCUUAGAAAUAUUGCUCGCAUCUGCUGGAACCACCGGGUAAGUAGUAGUGAGAUUAGAUGUAGAGUAUUAGGGAAUGAUGGUAAAUCAGUUGAUGAGGUUGUGAAUCUUCACCGACUGAGAUGGUUGGGCCACGUGUUGCGUAUGCCUGAACACCGAUUACCACGACGCGAAAUGCUGACUAGAGUUGGGGAUGGUUGGAAGAAAGUUAGGGGCGGCCAAACCAAAACGUGGCAUCAGUACUUGAAGUCACCAACUUCUAGUCUAAGUCAUGUUGGUAGAUGCAGACUACUUGGUUGGAGUCUACGCGACUAUCGUAAACUGCCUUUGUAAGGGUGUCAGAAGCCUGUACAAACAUCCACCUUGCGUCAUAUUCCCAAGUUUGUCUUUCCUUUUGUGAUAACCACUACAUUUCAAUCUUGAUUUUCAUUUUCAUCUCAUCGUGCCAAUCAGGUAUGGCAACUUGGGCCAAUGCAUAUAUGUGGCACUCUAUAUGUUGAUGUUAUCUGUUUGUCUGCUUUGUCUCAAACCAUUUGAAAAUAAUGGAGAGAGUCAUGGUUCUGGUUAGCUGUGCGGGUGUUGUAGUAGUUAUGUUAAGCCUUACGUAGUAAAUGUCAGAGCGGCAUGUUCCAAUAUCGGUCACACUUAGUAUAGUUAUCGCGUGGUGUAGAGAAGUCUUUAGUCCCAACAGUCGUACUACAAUUGUAGUAUGAUCUCUAGUCGAGGAUAUUUGACUGUUCUUUGCAUUUAGUGGUAAUACAAUUUGAUGUAUACUGUGGUUCGGCAACUCAUGUUUGAGCAGAGUCGAGAUCAAUAACUGUCUACGGAAACCAGUUGAAAAAGCCAUCUGUUUGUGAUAGAACUUUGGGAAAUGUGGCAUAGCCGUCCUGGAAUGGCACAUGUUAGUUCAUGGAGUCACAGCAAUCAAUCGUCUUAGUGGCUUGAGACGCCUAAAUUGGUUUAAAUCUGAAGUCAUUGGGGAUCCUGCUAUAGUUUAUUUUUACUCAUCUGAUAAGUACUAAGAUGAACUCAUUUUGAUUGAAUUUUAUUUCAGCUCUAUCCCUUAUAACUAUUAUUCUUGUUGUUAUUGUGUUCUUUUAAUUUCUUGAUAUUGUAAUUUUGUGUUGUAUGGUUCAUUUCCUGGUACUAAACAGUACCAUGCUUUUUCUUAGAAUAAAUGGCAAUUGUUUUAAGUAAAGGAUAUAGAUCGGUUGUAAUUAGGCGUCAACUUGUGCAUAUUAAGGAUUCACCGGCUUCAAAAACGUUGAUAUUCACUGAAUUAGGAGUGAGAUUAACGAAGCCUUAGUGGUUGGAAAAAGCAUGGGAUUAUUUAAUAAAAUCAUCAAUCAUAUCUCCAAGUGUGGGCUUUGGGAUCGGGAUUAACGUAGUAGAGAGUUUGAUGAUUGAUACGACUCAAAAUGAAUUAGAGUAUAUCAGAUGCAUUCUGCUAAUAGUAGCUACCUUUAUUACUGCAUACUUACACAGAUUUCUUUGUUUUAUCUCUUAUUCCACCUUUUUAAGUCUUUACCAUUAUUGUCACCAUUUUCUAUCCAUCAUUUUAUAUCCACUAUGCCACUUUAAAGUAUGUUGACUCAAACUUUUGAGAAUUAUGUGUCUUUACUUUACAUUUUGAUAGACAAAAUAAUAUUGACAUGCAAAUGGAAAGUGCUCUGGAAUAUUAUCCGGAAACAUUUGGCCAAGUUUCAAUGUUAUUUAUCAAUUGUAAAAUUAAAGAUCAAAAUAUUAAAGCAUUUGUUGAUUCUGGAGCACAGAGUACAAUUAUGAGUGAGGAUUGUGCACGACGUUGUAAUUUAGAUUCAUUAAUUGAUAAAAGAUGGGCUGGGAAAGCUUAUGGUGUUGGAACACAAACUAUAAUAGGUCGAGUUCAUAAUGGAUUAAUAGAAAUUGGAGGCAUAUUCAUUCCGUUUUCAAAUUUAUCUUAUUCUAGACGUCUUUCAUUGUACUAAAAGAUCAAUCUAUGGAUCUGCUCAUUGGUUUGGACAUGCUCAAACGUCAUCAGUGUUGCAUUGAUCUUAAGCGUAAUGUUUUAAUCAUUGAUGGACGUAUUGAAGCGCCUUUUCUACCAGAAUCUGAAAUUCCAUUGUCCUUAUCAAAUCCAUCUAUUCUGGAUAAUGAAGACACAGAUGAGAGAGUGAGUAGUGCUUCAUUGUUCUACUGAGUUAAGCUUUUUUACUACUUUUUAAAUUGGUCUAAACUCAGCAAUAAUAGGGUUAGAAGACAAAGACUUUAGUUUCAAGGAAUGUUUAGUUCUAGUGAUUAUUACUGCCUUUUGUUCCAUUCUCUUUAUAUUUGAUGAUAAAGUCUGAAUAGUUAGUGAUGAAAAACCAGUAUUUGACCUAUGCUUGCGAAGAAUAUAAGCAAAGUAUCUCAAACCCAAAAUGUUUUCCUUCUUCCAUGCUCCAUUUACAUCAUACCAUUCAAUAUAAAGAAAAUGAAUCAAAAGACCAUAUUAACCACUGAGAGUAAGCAUUCUUUGAAACGAAUUCUAAGUCGAUUAAAUAUACUGAAGCGGUAGCAGAAGUCUUAUAAGAUGAUCUUGAUAUAAAACAAACAAUACUGGCUAUUCUACACACUACGGAAAAGCCCUCAAAAGACCAGUGAAUAAAGAAAAGUAAAUGAUAGUAGAUAACCAUCUAACAAAAAACAAAACGGAACAAGCUGAGAAAGCACUAGCUAAGUCGACCUACAGAAUAAAAGUACUCAGAGUUGUGUUAAAAAGAGGAAUACUAUUUACUGAAAGAUAAGGAAAGUUGAUGGAGAGUACAUACAGAGAGAAUCAAUAUUGAAAUAAAGCAGCUCUUCUAAGUGAACAGUAAUUAGAGUAGAAAAGAUUAGAAAUCAUUAUGGCUAUAAUUGGCAACAAAAGCUUCAAUAAAGAAAAAACAAACCUACCAAUAAGUAAUAAGAUUAUUCUCACUUCUAUUUAUCCAUUUCCUGGUGAGUUUUGUAGUUUCUAACGAAGAAUUUAACUUUCAUGGUCACGCCACUACGUCGGAAAUGGCCUCAAUGCUCUGAUUAAACGCUAUCAAAAGCAAGUCAGAUAUUAGUCAGCAUGAACGUCCUAUUUCCUUUUCAGACAUAUUCUCGUCAUAGCAUCAUAAACUACACAACUUUAGUUUCAAGAAGAUAACUGACAUUGGAUUGUCAAAUAUAUUUGACUCAAUUAUAAUUUUUAACCGGUAAUAAAAAAUUCAUUCUGUUGAAAUACACACACAAGAUCUUUGCAUUUCCUAUCUUUUCCAUAAACCUCAACGAAAGUCUUUUACUCGCUAGUCUCUUCUCCUGGUAUAUACCGAAAUCUGAAAUAUUCUAAGCGGUGUGAUAACAACACAGUUUGAAAUUAGAAUGGACAUAACUUUCUUUGUACAGCUUAUAGUAGGUAAAACUAAGUAAGAAUAAAGGUAGUCGUUGUAACGUCAAUACAACAUGGAAAUUGCGCUCUUCUGAGAAAUAUAUACAAAAGGGUGUAAAACUUGGAAGAACACUUCUGUCUAAUUAAAUGAUAGUUACACGUUUUUAUAACCUUUAUUACUAUUGGUUAGGUAAACCUAAGUAGUAAGUAAAGGGAGUUUUGACCUUAUUAUUUACUAGUUGUAAGCUGAAUGCCCAUACUACUUAGUUAUAAUUCAACAACUUAAUGUUUCUAUACUAUUCCGAUAUAUUUAAAGUUUUUUGACUACUGUUGCUUAGAUAGUAUUACUAACUUAUAUUUAGUUCAUUAUAUGUACUAGAAAUCAUAAGAUUAUUGCAAACGUUGAAAAAUAUUUGAAAAUUAUGAUGAUACAGUUUAAGAAAUAAACUCACUGAUAAUGUUUUUUAAUCAUUGAACAAUAAUCUGUCCUGAUCUGUAAUCUAAAUAUCUUCCCCUUAGAUAUUAUUGUUUUCUGUGCGAAUUUUGUAAAAUUCUUUCUCCUUUUAUAUGUUUUUAGUACACUGAUUUGUUCACAAUUUUAUUAUUCCUAUAACAUAAUACUUAUACAACUUCAUUAUUAUUUUCUUAGUUUGAUGAAUCACAAAAGUUAAAAAUCCAAGUACUUGUUGAUCGUGGUAUUACUCGUUCCAAAGCAAUCGAUGUGUUACAUCGUAAUCAAUGGGAUUUAGACGCAGCUUUAGCUUCUCAUCUUCACAGUAUGUUUGGUCAAUCUAGAUAAUAAAUUGGAAUAUGAAUUGCUGACUAUCUAUCUAUCCAUCCAUCAAUUUAUUGUUCUUCUUAAUUUUCCGUUUUUUUUCUGAAAAUAUAAUCAGGGGUUUUGCUAUCAGUCAAUUUUGUUUCUUAUUCAUCUGUAUUAUUUUAUUCUGACUUAUCUAUUAGUCUGUAUGAAUAAAGCAAACAAGUUCAUUUGGUUAUUCCUUUUCGUUUAUACUUGUAUUUUUAUUGAAAAAGGAUUGGGUUUUUUUUGAAUAAAAACAAUUCUAAGAAAAUUGUUGAAUUUGUCAGUUUUUAUUAUAUUAUUAAUGUAUGUUAUUUUAUAUUUAUUUCUGUCAACCUAAUAUCAAACUCUCUGUUUUGUAUAUCCUUAUGUUGAACAGAAAGGUUGUAUAGUUCCGAAAUUAUAUUUUUAUAUGUUCACUAGGAAGUUACCUAGUUGUUUGAGUUCUAAAUGUACAAAUUUAAAGGUGUAUAUCUAGGGGGAUUCAUAUAAGAAAUCGAGAAGUAUCAAAGAUUUGUAACUUUACAAUAAUGAUAUUGCUUUCAAUUAUUAAUCUUACUAAUGAAUCAGUUAAUAAGUCGUUCGAUUUUCAUGAUGUAAAUCUUAUAGUUGUUGUUUAUUUACUAUUCUUGCGAGUAGUAGUGUUAAAAAUCUCAUCAAGUCUUGAUUGUUCUAUCUAGAAUAAUUAUUGCACAACUAACCUAUGGUCUUUAACUUACCUAAUCUGCAAAUGCUAUCUCAUUAAACAUAGCGUACUGGCUGGUGACUAUAAGAAA